UAUCACCUGGAGGCUGCUGCGCGCUCCUCCACCGGCAGCCCAUCCACUCGGUGCCGCCGCAGUGGAGCUUGCCGGCCGCCACCGCUGGGUAGAAAGUACUCGAUGCCCAGGACCUUGCUGCCACAUGGGCUCGCUGUCAGGGCAUCAGUGUGCUGGGGCUCUACACCCUGGGCCUCCCUGUACUAGGGCUCGCCAUCCAGGCGCCCUCCGCCAGGUGCGGAGUCAUGCUUCUAUGCCCAAGGGCUCGCCGGCACGCAGUCGUUCUUCUCUAGCCAUGGAAUCCAUCCUCCAACUGGCACAUAGCGCACACAACACGAAACGAUGUCGGUCAGCCAUUGAAGAACAGCACGUUAAUGCCAUGGCGGGCGAGAUGGGCAGGACUAGGCAGUGCAGGCACCAAGGGAGAUGCGGCGGCAAGAGCCUGGGCGGUGCCGGCAGAGAGGGAGAUGCAACCAAGAGAGUCGCUGAUAUGUGCCAGCCGUCGAUCGAACAGGCAAAGGCAAUUUCGCUCGCCGACGGGUACUGUAGCAUCUCCAAUGGGUCAGGUAUUCAGGCCAGGCAAAAUACAUGGGAAGAGAGAGAACGGCCAAACUGGCUGGUGGGAGCACGCGAGGCAUUUGCCCCGUCCAUAACCGUCAAGACGUCAUCUUCAAGUGGUCAACGCGGACAAGCUCUGCAGCGGCGCGGCUCCGUCGGCGAGGAGGUGCGUCCCCCGGACAAGCUCUACAGUGAUGCGGCUCCGUCGGCGAUGAGGAUGAACAACGAGUUCAACUCCCAAGAGUGGUCACUCCCUGGGGCCUCAACCAUGAAGGAACUUGAGAAGUACCACCUUACUGGUGCAUUUACUGGAUCAAUGCAUAACAUGAGUGUACCAAUUCAGCCUGUCAGCCCUGCUGUUACUGCAUCAUGUCAUCAACACCCCACUGAGGACCCGGAGGUUCAAGAAGUCGACAAGAGUGCAGUCACAAACAAUAAGAAAAAGAAGAAGGUUUCCCAGCGAGGAAAGGCAUUCUCCAAGGAGGAAGAUAGGGCAAUUUGCUCAACGUUUCUGCAUGUUAGCACAGAUCCUAUUAUAGGAACUAACCAAUCUGCUGCUGGGUAUUAUGCAAGAAUGCAUCAACACUUCACUGAGAACAUUGGAGCGAGCAGUAGGACUAAGAUUUCCAUAGAAAAUCGCUGGACCACAAUACAGAAGGCUGUCAGCAAAUUUUGUGGUUUCUAUGCUGCAAUUGAAAGGAGGAAUGAAAGUGGCAAGAAUGAGCAGGACAGAAUUAAUGAUUCCAUUCGGAUGUAUGAGGAUACAGAGCCGUGGCAAUUCCAUCACUGUUGGGUGGUUCUUCGAGGAGAGCCAAAGUGGCAUGAGAAGAUGGCGGAAACUAACAUGGGACAAAAAGCUAACCAAAAGCAUUCCCAAGACUCUGAAACAGAAAUAAAUUCUAUGCACACCGGCAGUGCACUCCCUGAACGACCUGAAGGAAGGGACAGCGCCAUGAAGAGAUCCCGGAUGAUGGGUUAUACCUCAUCGUCAAGUACAGCUGUGGAAAUGCUACAGAAAAUGCAUGAAAGAGGAGAGAAGAAUGAUGAGAAGGAAGAUUAGUGGAGGCAGGAAAUGUUCCAGAUGGAAAGAGAGAGGCUUGAUUUGCAGAAGCUGAACUGGGAGGGGCUGCCUGGGAGAAGAAAUGGGCAAUAAUGGAGUCCGAUUCCAAGUUGCGACAGAAUGAGUAUGAGUUAAACCAGUGGAAUGCAGAUCUUAUAGUCAUGUCACAGGAUCUUGAGAAGUUGACUCCACCGUUGCGUGCGAUGUACGAGCAGAAACAGAUGGAAAUCAUGAAGAGAAGAGGCAUCAACACUCCCCCAACUAGUGAAUCCUAAGUUGUUGUAUGAGAGUUGUGUUUGUGUAAUUUUUUCUACGAACAUGUUUGAGUUUUAAAACUAUUUCCGCAAACUUGUUUCACCAGUUUGUGGCACGUGUAUCAGACUUAAUUUUUGAUGUGUAUCUGGACCAUCCUUUGUAUGCUGUUUGUGACUUAUGUACAAUAAUAAUGUCAUCUCUAAAUUGAAUUA